AUGGUAGCUACUAAUACUGAUACUAAAAUAGCAAGUACUUCUCCAUCAACAAAUAAUUAUUUUAUACCAUCAUUCAAAAUGGAUUUACCGGGAAAUUUACUUCAUCCAAUUAUUUUAUGGACAAAAGAUGAUGUACAAAAAUGGAUUGCUUAUUGUAUUGAUGAAUAUGCAUUACGAGAUAUUAAUUUGAAUGAUUUUGAAAUGAAUGGCAAAGCGUUAUUAUUAUUGAAUGAAGAUGGCUUUAAACAACGUUCAUUACGUUGUGGUGAUAUUUUACAUAAAGCUCUUCAACAACAUAAUGCAUUGGUUAAAUCGUUGACUUGUCAAAUGUUCCCAUAUCAAUUUUGGAGUAAUUUUGGUCUUUUUCAUCCAUCACCUAUUCGUCAUUUUAAUAUUCCAUUACCACCACCGCCAGCACCACCACCACCUAUGCCUUAUAUGCGACCGGCAGUUAAUUAUAUAUUUCAUCAUCCUGAAAAAAACCAUCAAACAGAUUUUAUGAAUUCAAAACAAUCAAUACGAACACAACAGAUACAAAAUUCUUCUUCAUCAUCAAUUACGAAACCUUUCGACCAAAAUAAUUUUUAUCAAUCAAUGACACCUAUCAAAGAAGAAUUUAUAGAACAUAAAGAUAAUGAUAAAGUUCCAUGUCCAUCAAUAACAUCACAUUCAACAUUAAUUUCUCAACAAUUAAAUGAAUCUAAACCACUAAAAAUUCGUUCAGGAUUAUUUUCAAAAAUAAAACAACAAUCAAAUGAUGUUACAGGUACGAAUGACAAUGAUACAUCAAGAAAAAUUCGUUAUUAUAAUGAUCGAGUAGAUUUUCAUGGUGAUAUUCUAAUGAAACCACAAGCAGCUAAAAAUUGUCGUAUUCUAUGGGAAUUUAUAUAUAUUUUACUUGAAGAUCCAUAUUAUCAAUCAAUUAUUCAUUGGGAAAAUCGUGAAAAAAUGAUUUUUCGAAUAGUUCAAGCUGAUAAACUUGCUGCACUUUGGGGUAUAUAA